CGUAAACCUCUUAGCGAGAGCCUGGGCCGCGAGACCAAGAAACACCUGGUGGUGCCGGGCGACACAAUUACCACGGACACGGGCUUCAUGCGCCCCCGCGGGAUCCAGAGCACGUGUUUAUGUGUCUCUGUGAUUUAGGAGUCCUCGAGCUUCUACUUCCUGCAUCGUAUGUCCCGGGGCCACGGAACUUACAUGGGGGAGGAGAAGCUCAUUGCGUCUGUGGCGGGUUCUGUGGAGAGAGUCAACAAGUUGAUUUGCGUGAAAGCUUUGAAAACCAGGUACAAUGGUGAAGUAGGAGACAUCGUGGUGGGGAGGAUCACAGAGGUUCAGCAGAAGAGGUGGAAAGUGGAGACCAACUCCAGGCUGGAUUCAGUCCUGCUUCUGUCGUCCAUGAACCUUCCGGGAGGAGAGUUGAGGAGAAGAUCUGCAGAGGACGAGCUGGCCAUGCGGGGUUUCUUGCAGGAGGGGGACCUGAUCAGUGCCGAGGUCCAGGCAGUGUUCUCGGACGGCGCCGUCUCUCUGCACACGAGGAGCCUCAAAUACGGAAAACUCGGUCAGGGUGUUUUGGUCCAGGUCUCCCCCUCCCUGGUGAAACGGCAGAAGACUCACUUCCACGACUUGCCUUGUGGUGCCUCAGUGAUUUUGGGUAACAACGGCUUCAUCUGGAUCUACCCGACACCUGAGCACAAAGAAGAGGAUGCGGGGGGCUUCGUAGCAAACCUGGAGCCUGUCUCCCUUGCUGAUCGAGAGGUGAUCUCCCGGCUCCGGAACUGUGUCGUCUCACUGGUGACUCAGAGAAUGAUGCUGUAUGAUACGAGCAUCCUGUAUUGCUAUGAGGCAUCCCUUCCACACCAGAUUAAAGACAUCCUAAAGCCAGAAAUAAUGGAGGAAAUUGUGAUGGAAACACGUCAGAGACUUUUAGAGCAGGAGGGGUGAGGAGGCGCACCUGGGGACGGGACUGUGCACCUGACCGGAGGGAGCAGUUCUAGAAAGCGAAGGAUCUGAUUCAUGGUCCCUGAAGGAUCUGAUUCACGGUCCCUGAGUGUGGCCCAGCAAAGACCCGGGACGGGAAACUCACUGCGGACCUGUGUCGGGCUGCCUCCAGCCCACAGGCCGGCCUGCUUUCUUCUGUCCGAGAGCACAGCCUGGGAGGUGCACUGCGCCCCAGCCCUCGGGCCGCCUGCAGAUCCCCAGCACCAGGGGCAGUUUGGGGUCUUCAGAAGUUCGCAGUGUUCCAGCCAACUAGACUCCCAUCCUGGAAUAACACGGAGAGGCUUUUGUCUUCUGCUCACCGUCAUUCACGUCGCACAGUGCCUGUGAAAUUGCCCCUAUAAAAACAUGGCCUCCCCGACCCCAGAUUGUCUGUUUGGCUUCCAUUCCCACCUCCUCUGCAGCACAAGUACAGCACCAAAGCCUGGAGUUGGUAAAGUGAACCCAACGGUCAGAAGGAUAAAGUGAACCAAGCAGCCCUUUGCUGGGCUGGAAUCGUACUUUCCGUUGCCCGUUCCGUCUGGUGAUUGGUUCGAGUGCGUCCACACGGGGCUGCUUCGGUCAUCCUGCCCUUGAGGGUGAUUUGUAAGAAGUUGACUCAUUGGUAAUAGAACGAAGUUUUGGGGAGCCUGGACAAACGUGAAAUCAAAGUACGGGAAGUGGAGGUGGGGAAAAGCUGGUUCUCCCCUGCAGUUGAAGUAGUAACGUGUUAGCUGUUGAAUGACUGAGGGUUCAAAGACAAAACCAAGGUGCUAAAGUUCUUAGGAACAGCUGAAUUCCUGCGCGGUGGUGUGACGUCUAAAAUCCGGUGCCCUAAUCUAGGUUUUGGGAAACAUUUUUUAAAGGCACUGUUCUGUUCUUGCGUUUGUUACACUUGGGAGCUGUGUACAGUGGAAGGAGAGCUUAGCAGGUGUAAAUUCAGUGACUCUGCUGCGCUUGGGUCACCUGGCAAGAUUAGAGCGAGGGGUAUUUUCAGCUGUAGUGAUGUUGAACAUGGCAUUCGAUAAUUUCAAAAUGCUGCUUGGCUCUUUUUCAUUAAAUGGUGUAUUUCUUGCUUAUAA